AAGAGCAGAAGGAAUUGGAGAAAAUUGAGAAGCGCUUGCUUGAGGAGCUUCUGAAGAUGUUCAAUAGUGAAUCUUUCUUCUUUUGCCCCAACGAUGAUUUAACAAGCAGCGUUCAGCGGAUGGGUGAUCCGUCGUACAAUGCUGAUCUGCCAAUUUGGAAACGGGCUGAUGAUCGUUUCUUCUGGAACAAGAACAUGCUAACAGACUUGCUCAAAGCGGAGUCACUACAUACUGACGGCUUGCUUGACGAAUGGAUUAUGCCUAUCAUACAAGGACACGUGGAAACACAUCAAUGUUCUAUUGUGGAUGGUGGUGAUGGUGCAGGUGGCCAGGCAUCGACCUCUGCCAGCGAAUCGUCCAGCCAAGGUCGCGCCAAUCCAAUGAGUACGCUGAGCAGAUUUGCGCGUCGCUCCGUGUUCCGCGAGCAGAGCCACGGCGACUCCACAGCCAACCAACGUACCGAUGAUCAGCAGCGCGAUCAUGGCCAGGCUGCUGGCGCUAGUCCUGGUGGCGGGGAUAUUGAGGAGGACGAUAGUCGCUUCACACUUCAUGUCAUAUCACGGCGCAGUCGCUUCCGCGCAGGAACGAGGUUUCUGCGGCGCGGAGUCGACGAAACAGGAGCUGUCGCCAACUUCGUCGAGACAGAACAGAUUGUUGUUGUCCGGACGCAUACGGUAUCGUUCGUUCAGAUCCGUGGCUCUAUACCUGUGUUUUGGAGCCAGCUCGGCCUUAAAUAUCGCCCGCCUCCCAAAAUCGACCGAAGCGAUCAGGAGUCUCAGAAAGCCUUUAAGGAGCAUUUUGAUGACCAGCUAUCCCAGUACGGGAAAGUGGCUGUCAUCAGUCUUGUUGAGCAGCACGGCCGUGAAAAGAUUAUGGCGGAUGCAUUCGUCAAGCACAUGGAUCUUUAUAACAAUGAUGAUUCGCUGUUCAUCUCGUUCGACUUUCAUGAGCAUUGCAAGGGCAUGCACUUUGAAAACGUAGAGAAUCUAGUGGAUGCCCUAGAUCCCAUAAUCCGAAGUCAUCGUUACUGCUGGCGUGAUAAAGAAGGGAUCCUGUGCCAACAGCUGGGAAUAAUGCGUAUCAACUGUAUGGACUGCUUGGAUAGGACUAAUGUAGUCAUGUGUGCCAUGGCGCGUCGGGUGCUGUUAACUUUGCUCUUCAAGCUUGGCCUACUCUCUCCCGACAGCAUUCUACCGUCGGCCACACGCUCCACAUUUCAGAUGAUGUGGGCGAACAAUGGCGACGCAAUCAGCCGCCAGUAUGCUGGUACUGCGGCUCUCAAGGGUGAUUUCACGCGGACAGGCGAAAGGUCGAUGAUGGGAGUGAUGAAGGAUGGCUACAACUCUGCUAGUCGGUAUUACGUCAAUCAUUUCCGCGAUGUGUACCGGCAAACUGUCAUUGAUCUGAUGCUGGGCAACGCGGUCAGCGUGGACCUGUUGCGCUUGGCGCGCAGUGAGAGCGUCGGUGACAUGGCUGUCAUCAGCCCCGAAGCCGACGAGUGGACCAUGGAGCGCGAGGAGAGCGUUGCCGAGAGCAUCAUGAAGUGCAAGCGUCUGCUGGUGCCGGAUGAAGAGGACACGGCGCAGGGCUGGGCAGUUGUGGAGCAUGGACCCUGCUCUGGCCUUCUUGACACACAUGACGACAUUGAUCUGGUGCUGCUGCUAGUCAACGAUGCUUUGUUCGUUGCCAUGUAUGACUAUGAGUUUGAUGAUGUGUCACAGUACGAGAGAAUACCACUGGAAGAUCUCCAUAGCUUUCAACUGGGUGUGUUGUCUUCCCUGGGAAAAUCCUCGCAAACUGUUUUCCUGCGCUUGCUGCGCCGCCAGAAAGGAGAGAGUGGCUUCUUCUAUACUGUGAAGCCCAUUCACAGCCACUCGUCGGCCGAAGCAAUGGAGAGUUUGCAAGGCAUUGCUCAGAGUAUUCAAGAUGCACGUGCUAGUGCCGGUCGACCAACCCUGCCAUACCAUGAGACCAAGCUUAGCAAAAAUCGCAGCAAGCGUCCCAGUGACCUGGUGGUUCUCUCCCAGUCGCAAAUGAAGCAGCCGUGGAGUUGGAAACCUCGUCGUGUGGACACUAGCAACAACUCUAACUCUGAUGCGGCCAACUCUGGCCCUGGGCCAGAGAAAGAAAGAGGGCGAGCUGUCACUCGCCUGCUCAACGUUGGGCUGAGCACGCUACGCAAACACUCGCCAAGUGGCGUACGAGGGGAGACGGACACUGAGGACAACGUGGACGAGUCACAGUCGCCGCGUGUGCGCCUCAAGCAGGAAGGCCGGCGUGUCAUCACCCAGGUGAGACGCUUGAUGAGAAACGAGGCAGCGGCAGCGAACAGUGAUACAGAGGAGUGUGAUUCUCCUCUAACGGGCAGCUCUAUUCUCAUUCCGGUUGCGUCGACGGCAGCCGCUUCUGCAGUGGUCGGCGAUCCAGUGCCUGAAGCGCAAGCAGUGGAUGCAGUUGUUUGUGCUCCUGUUGGAUCAUCAAUGGCCAUGCCAAUCAGUGAUGGGGGCCCUGCUGCCGCAGCCGAACACAACUCUCAGAACGAAAUAGAGACUGUGGCCACCUCUAGUGCUGGUGGGAAUAUGUCGAGUCCAGACAACUCCUCGGACACAUCUAUAAGUGAAGGUCAUGCUGUUCGCAAGCGCAUGCAAGCGCGCAUGGUGAGGGCACGCUCGAGCCAAGUUGGCGACGAGGAGUUGAUCAUUGCCCGUGAGUUGUGCAAACGUCUCUCACCGCCCAUUGGCACUGUUUCUUCCCCUAGGGAUACGCCCACAUCUACCUCAUCGCAUCUCUCGGAAGAUUCGUAGCACGACUGCGCGUGCCGUCCACAGGAUCUUCUCCAAUGUACGCACAUGCUAGUAUUUAUUUCUCUCUUUUUAACCAUGGCUUUGUGACAAGUUGAAACCAAGCUAACAGUAUAGAUAUAUUAUCUUGUCAUCUACCUUUCCUAUCCAUAGUGUUUAUGGGUCUUACACAUUCCUCAUAGGCAACUCCUCCUCUUACAUGUAGAAUAAUUUGCCUUAACUUGUCCACACGUGCUUCCCGACAUGACAUCGCGUUGCUACAGCUGGAGUGCUGCUUUGUCUCUGCUGAGCAUGUCGCGCCGUUCUGCUCAAACUCUGCUGGACACAUCACGUUGUGCUGCUCAGUCUCUGCUGAGCACAAUGCUUUUUCAGUCUCUAUGCGGCAUGUCGUAUAGUGCUACUUGGACGCGGCUAGACGCGCCACACUCUGCCGCUCAGUCUCUGCUCAGCUUGCCACACUCUGUGCUGAACUAAUCAGAACUUCUGUACCAAGUGCAUGCUAUUGUUAUGCAUUGGUUUCUGUCCUUCUUCCAUUAUUGCCUUUUUGUUUGGCUAGCCUGUGCCGCUCUCUAACUGGGUCACCAAUGGCUACUCCAUCUCUCCUCUCAUAGUUGCUUUUAUUCUCUUGAGAUUGACUCUUUGCCGAAGUGUCCUCAGCUCAUGUUGUCAACUACCGAACCACGUAAAUUAAUUGCAUUUAACGUUAUAUUUAAGCUAUCCUCAUUGAGGAAAUUCAGCAAAUUCUAGCUUAUGGUUAUCAUCUUUUUAGACUGACCUUUGGUUGAACUCUCCCAGAUUCUUGAGUUUGUUUGCCCGUCCUCACUGGCAACACAUCUCGUGUACUAGUA